GACCUUCGCCUUCCGGCAUCCUGGCUGCGCGGCUCCGCCCUCGGCUCUGCACCGCCUUGGGCCACCGGACUAGAGAAUGGCUGUGCUUAAUCAGAUGUCUGUCUUGGAUAUGAUUAAAGCGUUCAGAAGGAAUUGGCGUGGUCUUUGUAACUCUGAAAGAACUACUUUAUGUGGUCCAGACGCCAUGCUUUUGGCACUGCAGCUUUCCAUGGCAGAAAACAACAAACAGCACAAUGGAGAAUUUACAGUCUGCCUCAGUGAUGUCUUACUGACAUGGAAAUACUUCUUACAUGAGAAACUGAACUUGCCCAUUGAGAGUAUGAAAGUGGUUGACCACUAUGAAGACAUUAAGAAAACAUAUGAUGAUUUCUUGAAGAAUAGUAAUAUGCUAGAUCUGAUUGAUGUUUAUAAAAAAUGUAGCAUCUUGACCUCUACUUGUGAGAAUAACAUGAUAACCUCUAUUCAGCUACGGGAUUUUCUGUCUGGCUCAGAGCUUGCGGUAAAUGAUGAAACUAAUGCUCAUAUACCAGCAUCACCAGUGAAAUGCACCCAGAACGAUGAACAGGUACGGCUAUUGGCAAAGAGAAUUUUCUUUUCCUAUUUGAGCCUGCUGGUGAAUUCCAAGAAUGACCUGGCUCUGGCUCAUAUUCUCAACAUCCCUGACCGAGGACUGGGGAGAGCGGCCUUCACCAGCCUGAAGCAUGCUGCUCGAGAGAAACAGUUGUCUAUGUUUUUGAUGGCCACAUCAUUUAUUAGAACAGUAGAGCUUGGAGGCAAAGGGUAUGCACCCUCGCCGGCAGAUCCUUUGUGGGCGCAUGCAAAAGGGCUGUCUGACUUUAUUCAUUUCAUUGACAAGUUAGAUGAAAUUCUCAGCGAGAUACCAAGUCCAAGCCUUGCAGGGGGUCGGAUAUUAUCAGUGAUAAAGAUGCAGCUGAUCAAAGGCCACAGCAGUGAGGAUCCUUUUUAUAAAGCAGUAGAGGAAGUUGUUCAGGAUUUGAAUUUGAGGAUUAAAAAUAUUAUCAGUUCUCAAGAAGAUGUAGCUGUCAGCUCCACCAGCCUCAGUCCUGCACUGCCAAAAUCUUUUGCCAUAAACCAUGACACCGCAUACUGUGGCAGAGAUGCUGUGAAAAUUUUACUGGUUCUCUUGGAUGAAGAUGCAGCUAGUGCCCCCACCAGAAACAGAGCAGAGCUGUUACAUAAUGACGGAAGUACAGUUCCUCACCAUGGACCUUCUCUCCUUACACUCUUUAGAUCUCCUACACAAGUGAAUAAUACAUCAAUUAAACCCCUCAGAGAGAGAAUCCAUAAAUCAUUGCAAACAGAAAAAAAUAAGAUGAGGCAGACAUUAAUUAGAUCACAGUUUGCUUGUACUUAUAAGGAUGACUAUAUAAUGAGCAAGAAUAAAUGGAAUAUUAAUUUAUCAUCAAAGCCGUUGUGUGCUUCUCACUUGGAAAAUGAAGUCUCUGAGGGAGUACCUUCAUCUGUUGGAAGAGCAAGACUUGAAACAAGUUCUGAAAAUGUACAUCUGGACAGAAGUAGAGAUGACAAGAUAUUAAGAAAAUCUAUGGAAAAUAAAAUAUCAAAAAGGAAACAAAUAGAUUUUAACAGUGAGAAUAUUUGCUGUGAUGAUGGAAAUGAACCAUACCAGCAUAAAAAUGUUAAGAUUCCUAAAGUACCCAAUGACUCACACAAUAAAGCUGGUGGCAAACUAGUCAGAGGAGCAAAAGGCAACAGGUGUACUGCCAAGUACAAACUGAUACCUGGCCAGACCACAUUAAGUCAGUUUUUCAGGCUAUGAUUUUGUCAUCUGUGUGCUUCAGAUUUAGUGAGCUGUCUGAAAGGAUGACGUGGACCAGCAGCUGUCAGACUUGCCAGCAGGGCCGGUAGACUCUUCCCAGCAUGCACCUGAGCACUGAAAGGGAACAAACAAUGGCUAUAAUUACCACACAGAAUUAAGAAAAAUUAUAGACUUAUUAAUAAUGAACUCUGAAUAAAUCAAAUCACAAUUACUGAUUUUGAAAGAUUUUCUGUGUUGAUGGGGGUCCCCUACUAUCUGGUAGAACUGAGCUUACUUGAUUUUGUUAUGCUCAUACUCAUAUCCAAAUCAGUUUUGCUCAGAGCUCACGUUAUAGAACUAAUAUGUAGGAAUUAAGUUUUUAAAAGGCUACUCACUGUCAAA